AAUAACCAAAGACCAAACUGAAUUUUUCAUUGAGUUGUUCUCACUUGACUUAAGACAUCUUCUCUUGUGCAAUUUUUUGACUUUUAUUUGAACUCAAGAAAAGACAUCUUCAGCCCAAAGAAGAUUAGGACAGAUAGUGACUUCACCGGCUUAUGGUCGCACUCUCCAUUUAUUCUACCAGCAACUACCUGAACAACUACAGCAUGGUGCUCCAAUGUACACAGAUAGAUGACGUGCUGGAGAAGUACUACCUGUCACCAUCUUAUGGCAUAGAGUUCUGCAUUGGUUUCCCUGGAAACCUUUUGGUUGUACUUGGAUACAUAUUUUGUUUGCCGGAGUGGCAGAGCUACAACAUUUAUCUCUUCAACCUAGCAGUGUCUGACCUUAUUUUCCUAUGCACACUUCCACGUCUCUCAUACCUCUAUGCAAAUGGCCAAUCAGAGACGAGUCCCUAUGCUUGCAUUUCCAAUCGCUAUGUCCUACAUGUGAACCUGUACUCUUCCAUCCUCUUCAUGGUUUGGCUUAGCAUGGACCGUUUUCUGCUCAUAAGAUAUCCAACACGGACCCAUUAUCUGCAGAGCCAGCGCUCAGCCCUGAUCAUUACAGGGCUGAGCUGGCUAGCUGUCAAUGUGGAAGUUGCUCCAAUGAUAGCGCUAAUGACCCAGGACCUGCAGAAUGAAAACUCGAGUCUCUGCAAGGAUUUCGCCAGCCUUAAUGGAGACAUCAAUCCAUUCGGAUACAGCCUGGGGCUAACCAUGACUGGUUACAUCCUUCCUCUGCUAGGACUUUGUGGUUUCUCCUACAAAAUUGCCAAAAUGCUACGUGUCCAGGACAGGGCUAUACAACGCAGAACAAUAUCAUACAAGCGGCCUCUCAGAGUUGUUAGAUCAGCGGCAGCCAUGUUCCUGGUCCUUUACACUCCCUAUCAUCUGUUGAGGAAUGUAAGAAUUGCAUCUCUGCAGCCCUGGGCCGGGCUGCAUCUGUGUACGAAGAUGUACAUAGAGAGCCUGUACAUCAUGUCCCGUCCAUUGGCCUUCCUGCACAGCGUCAUCAACCCCGUCUUCUACUUCUUUAUGGGUGACAAGUUCAGAGUGCUCCUAUUAUCUAAGUUAAGAAAGCUGGCCAGAAAGCCAAAGCUGCCAAGAGAAUCAACCCUAACAAUUUCACCAUAGAGACACAAGAAGAACACCCAAAAAUCUCAAUUAGCUGUGUCUUUACAUAGUAUAUUGUGUCAAGUUUUUCUUUAAAUACAUAAUAAUAAAUACAUAAAAUGUUAAAAUGAUUGCUUCACAGAACAAAUUUGUCAUGCAAAUUACUGAUGUGAAUGGUGCAAUGUUUGUUGAAGAAACCACAUUUAUUCAAAUAGCAUAAGUGAUUUGAAAAAAACAAAAAAAACAUGACAGGGUAUCCAUAAAGGCACCGAUGUAGAUAAAGUAAAGUGACAUUAAAAACUUCACGAGCCAGAUAUUUUGGUUAUUUUUUUAAAUGGUGCUUUUUAAUGUGAAAAAAGCAUGCUUUCUAAUAUGCCAGAUGAAACUGGAGAGGUACGCUGGCUAUAGUUUCUACUGUUUUAGUGAUGUUUGUGUUUUACGUUAGCAUAGUGUUGUAUCACCUUUUACUGUAAUAAAACUAAAGAGAAGAUAA